AUGAACAACCAGUCCCUCCAAAUCAAAACUGUUGAUCUUGAAGAAUGGAUAGAUUACAUAGAUCAAGAAGUGUUGCCACAGGAACCCAAACCAUCUGAAAAGCAUGUCAAGAGACAUGAGAAUAUGGAUUUGACCUCCACUUACAGACAUGAUUAUAACUUGUACAGUAUGUCUCAAGUAUCUCCAUGCUGCUCCUGGAGGAUGAGGAGACAUAUCCCCAGGGCCAAGACGGACAUAAGAACCACUUACAAAGGUAAGCUGCCCUUGCAGCUUUGUUCAGGACUUCACAGAUUUUGUGAUGUGUCACCUCCUAUGGUGAAACAUUAUGUCCAUGAAAUUCAGAAAUACAAGGUCAAUUAUGUUUCAUUUGAUGGCCUCACUAAGUGCAAAAUUUUCUUGCUGGAGUGGGCUGGUCAGCCAACCAAGCUUCCAAAACCAUACCAGACAAAGCUGGUCCCUCUUCUUUUCUCCACUACAACUGAAUUUCAGGAAAAACACAAAGCUUGACUACAGCCCCCUCUAUUCACUAGAAAACCUGAUGUAUAUCUUCUUCCUCUGGAGAAAAUGGACCUUCACACCACUACUUGGACACAUUGGAAACACGCAAAUGAAAAGCCAGCCAAGAUGUGUCAAUCUUUGGCACAGCCUAAUAAUAUUAAUGAACCAUAAAGCUCUUCUAUAGUGAAGGAAGACUAUAAGCCUUGGCUAUGAAAUAGACUAAAACCUAUCACUCAUGCUCCGACUUUCCCAGCAAAACCAAUAGAUUUCUUGACUAUGUUUUGGACCCAUCAUGGGCCUCCUUUGCUCACAAAGGAGCAAACCUAUAAACCUGUCUGGUCAGGCCCAAAGCAUCACACUCUCCUAGAUGCUAAAACAACCUACACUGCCAGUUAACCGAAGGGCAUUGUUAGAGGCCUGGCCCCUUACAAAGACCCAUGCACUUACAUCUUUGAGAAAACUGAUGCUGACUGCUUGAUUUUGCUUGUAACCUUUUUUUAA